AUGAAUAAGCGAAUCUUCGCCUUCCGAGAUGACACCAAGUCCAAAGAUGCCGACGAGUUCGUCCGGAAAAAUGGGUUCACUCUACCUCUGCAGAUUUUCCAAGUCAUGUCCUUCAUCAUAUUCCUAGUCAUCGUGGCGUUAAUUAUUUGCAUUUCCGCCUUCAGCCCGAGCAGCGUUUUUAUCAUUUUCUACGUGUUCUUUGCCAUUUUAAUUACUACCAUUUUGGUCCUCUCCUACAUCGUCACCACCAUCAACCCCGUUGACCCCCUAUCAUUUAAGUACACGAAUACACAAAUCAACCAGGAAGAAAUUAAGAACCUAUACGAGUGUGACAUAUGUGGCUUUGUAGAACCACAGAGCAAGCAUUGCAAAGUUUGCAAUAAAUGUGUGUCCGUUUUUGACCACCACUGCAUGUGGGUGAAUAACUGCAUUGGGAAGAAAAACUAUAAAUAUUUCGUAGGUCUCCUCUCCGCUCUCAGUGUGUUCAACUGUGUCGUCUUUCUCUUCUGCAUCGUCUUCUUUGCCAUUUCUAUAAAGCAUGAUCUCAUAAAGGACCGAUGGAAAUACUUAUACGGGUCUUACAACGACAUUUUAUUCUACCUAAUGCUGUGUUCCCUCUUUGUCCUGAACGCAGUAGUUUUUGUACUCGUCAUACAACUCUUCGGCCUCCACAUUUUUCUCAUUUCGAAGAAAAUGACGACAUACGAGUACAUCGUCAACCGGUCUCACUCCGAAGAAGAACAGAAGGUGGGCAUUCGGACCUUCUUCGAGUGGCUAAUCAUAGACAAGAAACGCCUGCGGAAGUCGCACAGCGAAAAUCAGGCAAGGCGCAGUUCAUUAAAAAGGAGGGUCGCUCCUCCCUUCAGCGACGUCUGCGACAUCGAAAUCCAGGACAUUGAAAGAGUCAUGUCUUUAAAAAGUUAG